CUCGUUGCUAUGGGCGCCGUAGUUAGGCAGCGCUCCUGGCCGGGGGACGGAAGGGGGAAAUGGCGGAGCGGCUGCUGCUCCGGGCGCUGCGGGCCGGACCCGCGACUCGCUCGCUCGCCUUGACGGCGCGAGGGCUCCGCCACUUGCCCCGGAGUUUGGGGAAUAUGAAGGCUCUGGAGGGACUGAGCCUGCGGAAUAACCACCUGCGCCGGCUGCCCCAAGAGAUGGAAGCUCUCAGCCGGCUAAAGGUUCUAAAUUUGGGAAAUAAUGACUUCGAGGAAGUUCCAGAGCAGCUGAAAUACCUGGUAUCUCUGCAGAAGCUUCAUUUGUUUGGAAAUAAGAUCACCAGAAUAUCACCAUUAAUUUUUGAUGGCUUGCAGAAUUUAGUUCUCCUCAAUCUGAACAACAAUCAGCUCAGUCAUCUUCCUCCUGAGAUUCAUAGACUUGAAAAUCUUGAAUGUGUGAGUUUGGACAACAACAAAUUGAAAAAUAUUCCCAAAGAACUCUGCUUUCUCCAAAAGCUGUGUGAACUCCGCUUGUCCCACAAUUCCAUCUUAGCACUCCCCGAAGAAAUAAAAUACCUGACAAAACUCAAGAUCCUGAUUUUGUCAAGAAAUAAAAUAGAAGAGCUCCCUGAUGGACUUUGUAAACUGAAACGGCUUAAAGUUCUGGAUGUAGCAGGAAACAACAUUCAGAUCUUUCCCACAAGAAUGGAGGAACUUGAACUUGAGGAACUUUAUUGUGAAGAUAAUCCGUUGCUUGAGAGGAUUCCAGUUAGUGCUGUGCAAGAGGAAGACAUUUUGACUCUGAAGGAGCUAACAGCAAGAUUUAUUUUCACUCAACUGGAAGACGAAAACAUUUAUUUACACAGAGCACUAAAGAAGAACUCACAAGCUCAGAAUAUUCUUUCCCAUAAACACAAAUGCGCUCAGUGUGGCUGUGCCUUUCUUGGUAUGUGGUUAGAAUGUGUACAUUUUGUGGAUGUAAAACAGCGAAUGAAGACUAGCAGAAACUUGGAUCUCUUACCUAUCAGGGCACUUCUGUGUUCGUACAAAUGUUUUAAUCAUCGUGGCCAUGGCCUCUUUGGAAUUGCUGUACCCUAGACCAAACAAUGAAUUGCAAGUCUUGACUAGAUUGUAACUAUUGUGGCAUUCUUGAGAACUUACACUGAACUUAACAUUUGGUGCUACAUCAAUAUGCAGUUUAAAAUUCAUGGUUAUGUUGGAGCAGUGGUUUCAAAGAAGUGAUCUAGUGGUGGGCAGGAAUUAUUCCCUACAGCUGUGCAGGGCUAGUGGUUUGUUUUGGCAGCCCUGACUCUGCUUCUGAAAACGAUGACUCGAGUAAUGGCAUUGUUUAACAGUGAGGUAAAGUUUUAUAAUGUAAACUCUUAAUUAACCUGG